CCGUACUGCGCCGGCGCUGGAGAGCCGGACUUCCCUACCCGGUGGGCUUUGCGCGCGAGGCCGGGAAAAGCCGGCCCGGGCUUGAACAAAUCAAAUCGAAGGAAAGAAACUGCCGGCUUUCAAAAAUCCUCCUCCUCCUCCUCCGCCAUCAUCCGCCGCGCUCCGUAGGGCAGGUGGUGUGGUAGAAGCGAGAAAACUGGGAGCCCCGAGAGCGCGGACGUUCAAGUCGAGUGGGCAUUGGGAUCGCUGGACCUCAGGGGCAGUGGCCGGACGGGACUUCACCGGGACUUAAAAAACAAACAAACAAAAAAAUCCCAUCCCAGCUGCGCUCGGUGCGCGUGAUCGGGUCGCCCCACGCGGCGCCGCCGCUUGUUGACGUUUGCAGGUCUCCAGGGGAGUCUGUCACUGUGGACAAAAUGGCCUCUGAAGACAUUGCAAAGCUGGCAGAGUCGCUGGCCAAAACCCAGGUGGCUGGAGGACAGCUGAGUUUUAAGGGCAAGAGCCUCAAACUGAACACUGCAGAAGAUGCUAAAGAUGUGAUCAAGGAGAUCGAAGACUUUGACGGCUUGGAAGCUCUGCGCUUGGAGGGCAACACAGUGGGCGUGGAAGCGGCCAAGGUCAUCGCCAAGGCCUUAGAGAAGAAGUCGGAGUUGAAGCGGUGCCACUGGAGUGACAUGUUCACCGGGAGGCUUCGGUCUGAGAUCCCACCUGCCCUGAUUUCACUAGGGGAGGGACUCAUCACUGCUGGGGCCCAACUGGUAGAACUGGACCUAAGUGACAAUGCAUUUGGACCCGAUGGCGUGCGCGGCUUCGAGGCCCUGCUCAAGAGCCCAGCCUGCUUCACCCUGCGUGAACUCAAGCUUAACAACUGUGGCAUGGGCAUUGGUGGUGGCAAGAUCCUGGCAGCAGCUCUGACUGAGUGUCACUGCAAGUCCAGCGCCCAAGGCAAGCCGCUGGCCCUGAAGGUCUUCGUGGCUGGCAGAAACCGCCUGGAAAAUGAUGGAGCCACUGCGCUGGCAGAAGCCUUUGGAAUCAUCGGGACUCUGGAGGAAGUCCACAUGCCACAGAAUGGAAUCAAUCAUCCUGGUGUCACAGCCCUGGCUCAGGCGUUCUCCAUCAACCCCCUGCUGCGGGUGAUCAACCUGAAUGAUAACACCUUCACAGAGAAGGGCGGAGUGGCCAUGGCUGAGACGCUGAAGACCUUGAGGCAGGUGGAGGUAAUCAAUUUCGGGGACUGUCUGGUACGCUCCAAGGGCGCCGUUGCCAUCGCAGAUGCUGUCCGUGGAGGCCUGCCUAAGCUGAAGGAACUGAACCUGUCAUUCUGUGAAAUCAAGAGAGAUGCUGCCCUGGCUGUCGCCGAAGCCGUGGCUGACAAGGCUGAGCUGGAGAAGCUGGACCUCAACGGCAAUACCCUAGGAGAAGAGGGCUGUGAGCAGCUCCAGGAGGUGCUGGACAGCUUCAACAUGGCCAAGGUGCUGGCGUCCCUCAGUGAUGACGAGGGUGAAGAUGAUGAAGAUGAGGACGAGGAGGAAGGAGAAGAGGAGGAUGAGGAAGAGGAUGAAGAGGAGGAGGAGGAGGAAGACGACGAGGAGGAAGAAGAGCCACAGCAGCGAGGGCAAGGAGAGGAGACAACCACACCCUCAAGGAAGAUUCUGGACUCUAACAAUGGGGAGCCAGCUCCCGUGCUGUCCUCCCCGACUCCCACAGACCUCUCCACCUUCCUGUCAUUCCCCUCCCCAGAGAAGCUGCUGCGCCUUGGGCCCAAGAUCUCCGUGCUGAUUGUCCAGCAGACUGAUACCUCUGACCCUGAGAAGGUAGUCUCGGCCCUCCUGAAGGUGGCCUCAGUGUUCAGGGAUGAAGCAACCGUGAAGACAACAGUGCUGGAUGCAGCAGAUGCCCUCAUGCAGAAGGCCUUCAGUUCCUCAUCCUUCAACUCCAACACUUUCCUCACCAGGCUGCUCAUCCACAUGGGUCUACUCAAGAGUGAAGACAAGAUCAAGGCCAUUCCUAACCUAUAUGGCCCCCUAAUGGUGCUGAAUCACAUGGUACAGCAGGACUAUUUCCCCAAGGCCCUUGCGCCCCUGCUGCUGGCAUUUGUGACCAAGCCCAACGGAGCCCUGGAAUCCUGCUCCUUUGCCCGCCACAAUCUGCUGCAGACCCUCUACAAGGUCUAGCUUCAAGUCAGCCUCUGCGUAUCCCUCGGCCUGCACUAGUGAUGGGGGACCUGGAUGAACAGAGCUCCAGCCAUGUCUUCCUUGGACAGGACUCGGACUAGAGGCGGGGGGUCUUUGUGUCAUGUGUCGUGUUGGUUCCCCGGGUAUGUGUCGUCUGGUGUAUGUGCGCAGGUGUGUCCUUGCUGUCAGGAUUGUGGUUUCUCAUCUCCUGGUCCACUAGCGUUGUCAGUGCCCAGGGGAAAGGGCUGAAAGCUGCUUCGCCAUUAAACUCAUCAGCACCUGAAGGCACUCUCUGAUCUGUGCCUCAGACCCUGGUGGCUCUCUCUUGCUCUGGCUUCCUGCCCCAUUCCUGGGCUGUGCAAAGCCUGGGAAACUGCUGUCUGUGUCCUCUGUCUUCCCUCUCAGGGUCGGAAUGUCUCCCCAUCACCUUGCCUGCUGUGCCAGCCAAUUGGCUUAAGGAACAGAGACUGCCACGGGUGGGUUUGUCAGCAGAGGCUGAGACUGGCCACAACCCCUAUAGUCUAGAGGAGGAGCUGAGGGGGUACAGGCCCCAGAUAGCCCAGGAGCAGGAGUUGCCUGAGGCUGCCUUGGCUCCUGUGCCCUGGAGGGCAGGUUCCCGAUGAUACCUGAGCUGCAUCUUGGGGCUGCUCUUCAAGGACUGUUUGGGCAUGGGAGGUUGGUGGGGGUUGGGCUGGGCAGAGAUCCCCUGUGACUUCCCUUAGUGGCUGUGUGGCCACUUUGUGCUCUCCUCUUUGUGCUGCGUGUCUGGGCUGUGCCUGGGAUCUUCAUAAUAAAAGUCACUUGUGGUAGUA